UGUAAUCGUGUUCUUUCGAAUAUUAGGACCGAACUAUCGCAUUUAAUCUAUUCCAAAGUAGUAAGCAUGUGCGUUAAAGAACUAUGAUACUUGUAAGUCGCUCGUUUCAUCGCAACUCGCGUUUAGAAGUUGUUCAAGUUUCUUCUAGCUGUAAUCAUUAACCAUAAUUCACAUUUAAACCCAGUGUCUUCCAUCAUGAACUCAUACAACAGAAACGGACCAGGAAUAUCAGGAAAUGCUUUCGAUUGCUGGGUACAGAGGACCAAUAUACACGACGAUUCUACAAUCACAAAAAUGCAACAUCAGUUCUGGGUUACGAAACAAGCUCUGUCGCGAAAGCUGGGAAAAAAGGAAGACGAAUGUAUAGUGGCAUCUGAUGCAGAAUUAGACGCGAAAUUGGAGCUGUUUCGUAGCAUACAAGAGUCCUGCUGUUAUUUGCAACGAGUCAUCGACAAAUAUCAGGAAAGAUUAUGCAAUCUUGCACAGGAGGAGAAUGCAAUGGGAAGGUUCCUCAAAGAUGCUGGUAAACAAGAUAAAACUAGAGCCGGAAAAAUGAUGUCUGCCGUUGGGAAAUCAUUGUCUUAUUCCAGUCAACAAAGACUCGCAUUAAGAGCUCCGUUAGGCAGAUUGUAUCAAGAAGUUGAAACAUUUAGACAGAGAGCUAUCGAAGACACGUUACAGAAUGUUCAAGCGAUGGAGAAAGCUCGUACGGAGUAUCGAGCUGCUUUGUCGUGGAUGAAAAAUAUUUCACAGGAAUUGGAUCCUGAUACAUCGAAGCAACUGGAAAGAUUUCGCAAAGUACAAACACGUGUCAGAUUGGGCAAGGUGGCGUUCGAUAACUUGGCCUUAGAUUGCCUUCAAAAAGUAGAUCUACUAGCAGCCGCGAGGUGCAAUAUGUUCAGUCACGCUUUAGUUUUGUACCAAAGCACACUAUUAAAUUUCACCAAAAAAUCGGCGCAAGCUUACUCAACGAUCGCAAGCAGUUUUAAAGGUUACCAACGAUACGAUUUCAUGGUUGUAAGAGAACUUGCCGAGCCGUCGACUAAAUUGGCUCAAGAAACAGGCGGAGAUGAAGAUCCAGACGACAAAGACAAAUCACCGUUUUUUGACAUGGACUAUCAUGACAAUAUAGAGGAAGCUGAAGAAGCUAAGCCAGUCACAGACGGUGGAGCCCCGAAAAAUGAACAAGAUGAGAAACUGCUGGACAUUGAGUAUGACGCAGAAAAUAUCCUGGAAUUGGAAGGAUUGGACAUGGAUUCUGGUUCUUCGAAAAACGGAAUUGUUCAGUCGAAUUCUAAAGGAGAACCUACGGAGGAUCUGAAUCAACUUUUUGACAAUUUAAUUUUCGACAAUCUAUCUUGCAACAGUGAACAAUCAGCAAACAAUAAACAAGAAGGAAAUCCGUCGGAACUGCAAAAAACUUUAGAGGAAGAAAAACUUGGAAUGGAUAUAUUCGAUAAGUCUGACGCGAAUUUCAAUCUGAGCAAUUUAUCGUCUUUAAAAGUACAAGACCAAGAGGAACAAUCUCUGAAUUCCCUUACGUCCGAAAAUUUGGCUCUAUUGAAUGACAUUCUCGGCGACAAACCAAGCAUUAGCAACGAAUGGGAGGCAAUAGCCAGCGACACUUUUUUACCGCCGAACAUUCUGAAACAAAGUUUAGGUGACGCGGCGCUCGGCGUCGGACAGAAAAGCAUGCCCGCCAACAUGGACGACAAAAAGAAGAAUAAGACUGGAAAACAAAAAGGGAAUUCCUGGUUGGACUUGUUCGCUGAAUUGGAUCCAUUGGCUAACAAUCCGAUGGAACAUCUUUCCGGUGACAGUAACGCGUCCGCUUAAGUUUUUCUUUUUCUUUUUCAAAGCGCUUACACUCUAUUGCGAUGAUACAUGAACAGU